AGGCUGUCAAGAUAGCUCAGUGGGCAAAAGUGCUUGCCACCAAGUCUGAUGACCUGGGUUUGAUUCGUCCUGGACCUUCAUGGUGGAGAGAGCUAUUUGACUCUUAAUAAUCAUGGGCCAGACUGGGAAGAAAUCUGAGAAGGGACCGGUUUGUUGGCGGAAGCGUGUAAAAUCAGAGUACAUGAGACUGAGACAGCUCAAGAGGUUCAGAAGAGCUGACGAAGUAAAGACUAUGUUUAGUUCCAAUCGUCAGAAAAUUUUGGAAAGAACUGAAACCUUAAACCAAGAAUGGAAGCAGCGAAGGAUACAGCCUGUGCACAUCAUGACUUCUGUGAGCUCAUUGCGCGGGACUAGGGAGUGUUCAGUGACCAGUGACUUGGAUUUUCCAGCACAAGUCAUCCCGUUAAAGACCCUGAAUGCAGUUGCAUCGGUGCCCAUAAUGUAUUCUUGGUCUCCCUUACAACAGAAUUUUAUGGUGGAAGAUGAAACUGUUUUACAUAACAUUCCUUAUAUGGGGGAUGAAGUUCUGGAUCAGGAUGGCACUUUCAUUGAAGAACUAAUAAAGAAUUAUGAUGGAAAAGUGCAUGGAGACAGAGAAUGUGGAUUUAUAAAUGAUGAAAUUUUUGUGGAGUUGGUCAAUGCUCUUGGUCAGUAUAAUGACGAUGACGACGACGACGAUGGAGAUGAUCCCGAGGAAAGAGAAGGAAAGCAGAAAGACUUAGAGGAUGCUCAAGAUGAUAAAGAAACUUGCCCACCUCGGAAAUUUCCUGCUGAUAAAAUAUUUGAAGCCAUUUCCUCAAUGUUUCCAGAUAAGGGUACAGCAGAAGAACUGAAAGAAAAAUAUAAAGAACUCACGGAGCAGCAGCUCCCAGGUGCUCUUCCUCCUGAAUGUACCCCAAACAUCGACGGACCAAAUGCCAAAUCUGUUCAGAGGGAGCAAAGCUUACAUUCAUUUCAUACACUCUUCUGUCGUCGAUGUUUCAAGUAUGACUGCUUCCUACAUCCCUUCCAUGCAACACCCAACACAUAUAAGAGGAAGAACACAGAAACAGCUCUGGACAACAAGCCUUGUGGACCACAGUGUUAUCAGCAUCUGGAGGGAGCUAAGGAGUUUGCUGCUGCCCUUACUGCUGAGCGGAUAAAAACACCACCUAAACGCCCAGGGGGCCGCAGAAGAGGAAGACUUCCGAACAACAGUAGCAGACCCAGCACCCCCACCAUCAGUGUGCUGGAGUCAAAGGAUACAGACAGUGACAGAGAAGCAGGGACUGAAACUGGGGGAGAGAACAACGAUAAAGAAGAAGAGGAGAAAAAGGAUGAGACUUCCAGCUCCUCUGAAGCAAAUUCUCGGUGUCAAACACCAAUAAAGAUGAAGCCAAAUACCGAACCUCCUGAGAACGUGGAGUGGAGUGGUGCUGAAGCCUCCAUGUUUAGAGUCCUUAUUGGUACUUACUACGAUAACUUCUGUGCCAUUGCGAGGCUAAUUGGGACCAAAACAUGUAGACAGGUGUAUGAGUUUAGAGUCAAAGAGUCCAGUAUCAUAGCGCCUGUUCCCACUGAGGAUGUGGACACUCCUCCGAGAAAGAAGAAAAGAAAACAUCGGUUGUGGGCUGCACACUGCAGAAAGAUACAACUGAAAAAGGACGGCUCCUCUAACCAUGUUUACAACUAUCAACCCUGUGACCAUCCACGGCAGCCUUGUGACAGUUCGUGCCCUUGUGUGAUAGCACAAAAUUUUUGUGAAAAGUUUUGUCAAUGUAGUUCAGAGUGUCAAAACCGCUUUCCUGGAUGCCGGUGCAAAGCACAAUGCAACACCAAGCAGUGUCCAUGCUACUUGGCUGUCCGAGAGUGUGACCCUGACCUCUGUCUCACGUGUGGAGCUGCUGACCAUUGGGACAGUAAAAAUGUGUCCUGCAAGAACUGUAGCAUUCAGCGGGGCUCUAAAAAGCACUUACUGCUGGCACCGUCGGACGUGGCAGGCUGGGGCAUCUUUAUCAAAGAUCCUGUACAGAAAAAUGAAUUCAUCUCAGAAUACUGUGGAGAGAUCAUUUCUCAGGAUGAAGCAGACAGAAGAGGGAAAGUGUAUGACAAAUACAUGUGCAGCUUUCUGUUCAACUUGAACAAUGAUUUUGUGGUGGAUGCAACCCGCAAGGGCAACAAAAUUCGUUUUGCUAAUCAUUCAGUAAAUCCAAACUGCUAUGCAAAAGUUAUGAUGGUUAAUGGUGACCACAGAAUAGGCAUUUUUGCUAAGAGGGCUAUCCAGACUGGUGAAGAGUUGUUUUUUGAUUACAGAUACAGCCAAGCUGAUGCCCUGAAGUAUGUGGGCAUCGAACGAGAAAUGGAGAUCCCUUGACAUCUACUACCUCUUCCCCUCCUCUCUGAAACAGCUGCCUUAGCUUCAGGAACCUUGAGUACUGUGGGCAAUUUAGGAAAAGGAAAUGCAGUUUGAAAUUCUGAAUUUGCAAAGUACUGUAACAGUAAUUUAUAGUAAUGAGUUUUUAAAUCAACUUUUUAUUGCCUUCUCACCAGCUGCAAAGUGUUUUGUACCAGUGAAUUUUUGCAAUAAUGCAGUAUGGUACAUUUUUCAAAUUUGAAUAAAGAAUACUUGAACUUGUUGUUGA